UUAAUAAAAAAAUACUCCGUAACUAAAGAAAAGAAGAAUCGCUCGCAGCCAAAAUUUUAUUUUUCAUUCUCUCGGAAUAGUGCAAAACACAGUGAAUUUUCAGAGGUUGUUCUUCCUCUCGAGCUCUGUUUGAUGCGAUUGUAGCAAGGGGAUGCCAAUGAGGCGAAGGUCGUUUGAUCUUCGAAACAGGCCCGCAAAGAGAAGAUACUCCAAGCUGGGAUGGUUGUUACUCUUCGCUUUCUUGACCUUUCUCUUCUUCACUCUCUUCCGUCACAAAAACCCUUCUCCUUCCACGCCUUCUUUACUUCAGGGAUAUAAUAGACAAAGUAAAAUUUUGGAAGGUCUUAAUGUCACUGAAGAAAUGUUGAGCCCGUACUCAAUAACAAGGCAAAUUAAUGAUCAAAUAUCUCUUGCUAAAGCGUUGGUUAUAAUUGCGAGAGAAAGCAACAACCUUCAGCUUGCAUGGGAGAUAAGUGCCAAGAUCCGCAAAUCGCAAGUCCUCCUAUCAACUUCAGCUACAAGUAAAACUCCUUUGACAAUGAAAGAGUCAGAAUCUGCAAUUCGUGAUAUGGCACUUUUGAUUUGUCAAGCCCAGCAACUUCACUAUGAUAGUGCAACGAUGAUUAUGAGGUUGAAAGCCAAUAUCCAGUCUCUUGACGAACAAGUACAUUCUUUGAAUGAGAAGAGCUCUAAAUAUGGACAAAUCGCUGCUGAGGAAGUUCCAAAGGGGCUAUACUGUCUGGGCAUCAGGUUAACGGUUGACUGGUUCAGGGACUCAAAGUUGCAGCGUGAACAGAAAAGGAGGAAGGGUCUGGUUGCUGGGAAACUUGAGGAUACUAAUCUUUAUCAUUUUUGCGUUUUUUCUGACAACAUCCUAGCAACUUCGGUUGUGGUCAAUUCAACAGCUUUGAAUGCGAAGGACCCGAGUUUGAUUGUGUUCCACAUUGUGACUGAUGAGAUAAAUUAUGCCCCCAUGAAAGCUUGGUUUUCGAUGAACUCAUUCCAUGGUGUUACAGUAGAAGUUCAGAAAUUCGAAGACUUCACUUGGCUCAAUGCUUCGUAUGUCCCCGUUCUCAAACAAUUGAAAGAUUUAGACACCCAAAAUUAUUACUUCUCUGGAAGUCACGGUGAUGACAAAACCCCUAUCAAAUUCCGUAAUCCCAAGUAUCUUUCAAUGCUCAACCACCUUAGGUUCUACAUUCCUGAGGUUUUCCCGAAGCUUGAGAAGGUAGUGUUUCUAGAUGAUGAUGUUGUGGUUCAAAAGGAUCUGUCUCCCUUGUUCUCCAUUGAUUUGAAUGGAAACGUAAAUGGAGCCGUUGAGACUUGCAUGGAGACAUUCCACAGAUACCACAAAUACUUGAAUUACUCCCACCCGCUUAUACGUGCACAUUUUGAUCCCGAUGCUUGUGGCUGGGCCUUUGGGAUGAAUAUCUUUGAUUUGGUUCAAUGGAAGAAGAAGAACGUGACUGGAAUAUACCACUACUGGCAAGAGAAAAACAUUGACCGAACACUGUGGAAGCUUGGGACCUUGCCACCCGGACUUUUAACGUUCUAUGGCUUGACUCAAGCUCUGGAUCCCAGUUGGCAUGUUUUGGGACUGGGAUAUACAAACGUUGAUUCGCAGUUGCUUGAGAAAGGUGCGGUGCUACAUUUCAAUGGAAAUUCUAAGCCAUGGCUGAAGAUUGGGAUGGAGAAAUACAAACCAGUGUGGAACAAAUAUGUAGAUUAUUCCCAUCCAAUAUUGCAGCAAUGCAAUGUGCACUGACAUGGCAUGCUGUUGGUUACUCGAUUAGCUUAGCAGUAUUGCAGACUGAGACUGUUUGUUUCUUUGGUUUUUCCAAACAUGAAAUGAGGCUUGGUAGAGUCAUAGUUGGGAACACAAUCUUUUUUGUUUGUACCUUAGAAUUGUCUAAAGUUAUUCAAAUGUGAUUGUUAGAUAGAUGCAUGAGCAUCAUGUAUCCCAUUUUGAAAUAUGUAGCAGCAGAUAUCUAUUCAUUCCCCUCUUUGAUAAUUGAGAGAUUUGUAACUUAGAUUCUUGUUUCUUUAUUCAUGUCUUUUCU